AUGAGUGCAGACGCCGUCCAACAGCCUGUGGAUGUCCUGCACACGGUCAAUCUGGUGACACAAUGUCUGUGUAUACCAAUUGUCACCAUCUUCGUGGCCAUGCGGCUGUCCGUCCGCUUAUGGUACCGCCACUUCACGAUACUUGAAGACGUCGGCCAACAUGGCGGCGGAUACCAUCAAUCCGACAUUCACGACUCGGCCAUGAUCAUCGCGUUCUAUAAAUUCUGCUACAUCGCCACCGUCCUCUACUGUCCCAUGGCGCUCUUCGUCAAAAUAGCCCUCCUCUCCAUCAUCAUUCGCAUUUUCGCCCCGUACCGAAGCAAGAUCAUCUUCAUCUACUUCCUCCUCGGCUGCCUGUGCAUCUACUACAUCAUCGCCGAGAUUGUCAAGAUUCGCAUGUGCGAUCCCAUUCCGUCCUACUGGGAGGGCACACCAGGACGGCGCUGUCUCGACCAGAGCGCCGCUCUGCUAGCCGACUCGGUCAUCAGUGUCGUGAGCGAUCUCAUCAUCCUCAUCCUUCCGCUACCCUUGACCUGGUCGCUGCAGAUGUCGCGCAACAAGAAACUCCGGGUGAUAGGGAUUCUGUCGGCGGGAGGCCUGGCCACGGCGUUUAGUAUCUACCGGUUGAUCCUCGUGGUGCGCGACGGGAAAACAACGGAUAUGACCAUCUUCUUCACCUGCGUCAUUAUGUCUGGAAACGCCGAAGGAGGCGUCGGCCUCAUCUGCGCCUGUCUACCGAGCAUCAACAUCCUCAUCAAGCGAGCGCGCAAGACCGGCUACAGCUCCAACCGAUACGCCGAACAGGACUCGUCCGUGCAACUGGGCCAUGUGAAGUCGGCACCCAAGAAGCGUCUCUCCAUGGGGUUUUCCAAGUCCGACACCUACGUGGAUCCGACCGAGCUCGGGUGCGAUCAGAGCCAUUUGAUCUCGUACGCGGGCGCCGUCGACGGCGAGUCGCGCGAUGCAGCGCUUGGCAUUCAUAAGACGGUUGAUGUGUCGCAGACUGUCGAGAUGUUGGAUGGGAAUCGUAGUCGUAGCGGUAGUGACAAUAGUCACCCGUCUCGCUAUUGA